AGUAGCCAGGCCUACCUGAACCAAAAGCGGCUAGACGCAGAGGCAAAGCAGCUCCACCAGAAUACAGCCGCGUUCGCUAAGCAGACCCAGCAGUGGCUGACUCUGGUUGAAGGUCUCAGCUCGGCUCUCAAAGAAGUCGGGGAUGUCGAGAACUGGGCUAAGAGCAUAGAGGAUGACAUGAGAGUGGUCACUAGUGCUCUAGAGUAUGCCUACAAAGUUACUCAGGAAUCAUAGACUCAUCAAAAACAGUCACAAAUCAAUUAAAUCGAACUAUCAUAAACUAGUGUUUCAGGCUCAACUCACACUUACGCGACUCAGGUCGAGAAGAGACUCGACUCUAGUCGAGAGUAUGUGUUUUCAAAAGGUUUGAUUGAUUGAUUGAGUACUUAAUUUAUGUAGAUUACAAUAUAU